CAGACGUCACGUACACAUCCGGGGUAUUUGGUGACGUCACAAAACUGCGACCUGAGAGCGGUCUGAUGCACUCUGGCUACGUUUUCGAAUGUAUUGAUUUUAAGCCAUAUAAGUGUGGUUUUGUAUAGUUUAGUACCAAAAUAGACGAAACGAGUAUUUAAAAUAAAGGAAGUGGGCUGAGGAGAUGUGACUCACGUCAACCUUCUUCCUUUUCGGACGCGAUGGACUUCACGGAGUGCUACGUGGACACUGUGUCCAGCGUGGCCGCCGCCGCUCGUGUGGGCUGCAGGAGGCGCCUGAGGAGGCUCAUCCGUGAGGGUCGCAGCGUGGACUGUCCGGAUAACCGAGGCUGGACGGCGCUGCAUGAGGCGGCCGCAUCCGGCAGCGUGGGCUGCCUGAAGGAAAUUCUGUCUGCCGCCUCAGUGACUGGCGGCUCAUCCUGGGACAUCCGGUCCUUCGUCAACUCUGCCACCCACGAGGGAGAGUCGGCGUGUCACCUGGCGGCGCGGUGCGGCUGCCUGCCGGCGGUCCGCAUCCUCGUGAGAGCCGGCGCCGACGUCAACCAGUGCACCAAUGACCUGUCCUGUCCCCUCUACGCAGGUAAAACAGCAGGUGCGCCUUCACAACAUUGUGUGUUUGGAGCGUGGGCUCACCGCCGCUGUCGUCCCGCAGCGGUCAGCGGCGACCACAAGGAUGUGGUGCAGCUGCUGCUGGCCAAAGGCGCCGAGGUCAACGGCACGCACACGGCUUCCUGUUGGACCUGCCUUCAUCAGGCCGUGUAUCAGGGUCACACCGCAGUGGUGCGCAUCCUGGCACGCGUGGCCGACCUGGAGGCACGCGACGACAACAGAGUCACGCCUCUCUUCCUGGCGGCGCAGUACGGACGGCGAGAAUGUCUGAAGGUCCUCGUGGACGCCGGCGCAGACGUGAACGCGCAGGCCGCCGACCUGGCCACGCCUCUGCUGCUGGCGUCUCAGGAGGGUCAUACGGCCUGCGUGGAUGUCCUGUUGGGUCAUGGCGCCGACCCGAACAUCGCCUGCAGUCAGGAGUGGCCCCAACUCCCCAUUCACGCCGCCGCACAGUUCGGCCAUCGCGAGAUCCUUCGGAGACUCAUACCCCUCACAGAGCGCGCCUGCGACCGCGGCGAGGGCAUGGUGAGUCCGCUCUACUUGGCGGCGGAAGCCGAUCAGGAGGAGAGCGCCAGGCUGCUUCUGAGCGAAGGCUUCAGCCCCGACGGCCAAGACUGCACCCGCCUCCUGGGCUUCCGCUCCCCGCUACACGCCGCCCUGCAAAGCGAUGCCCUGGUUCCUCCCACGAAGGUGACCACCGUGCUACUGGAGGCAGGCGCCCGUCUGAGUGAGGACGAGUGGGGUCACGUCCUGCGUCCGUCCAACAUGCCGCUCCUGGAGGCGGUGCUCUUCCUCAGGCCCAUCCCGCCUCCGUGGCAGCCAAGCGACGACUCGGCGGGGGCGCGGCACCGGCGCCACAUGGCACUGAGACGACAGGAGCUGGGGGACAUGUUGGCGGUGGCGCUGCGUCACAUCCAGGAUGCACGCUACUGGCUCCCCCGUCUGCUGAAGGCGGGACUUGAACCUGCGUCGCUGCUGCAGCCGUGCAUGCUGGAGAACGCCGCCAGUGAUGUCGUGAAUUAUCUCCUCCACUUUGCCAACUGGUCCACUUUGUCGACCUCCUUGAAGGUCAUCCUGUGUGGGAGACGGGCUGAGGAGACGUGGAGGCCCGACCCGCUCUUUGACUCCACCCCCAGCCUCGCUCACCUGUGCCGCCUGCGGGUCCGAUUGCUGAUGGGACCCCACCUCGUCACGGGGACCGACCGCGUCCGGCAACUCCCCGUCCCCCCCCGCCUUCAUCUCUUCCUCCGCUUCCGUGACAUUCCCGAGCCCUCCGUCCAAGUCGACGUUUAGAUGUCAGAGCAGACCCACAUGUUGGUGACCAAUCAAUGUACUCGAAGAUGUCCAUCAGUAGUGGUCUUUAAUAUCUGCUCUAUUUACAGUAUUCACAAGCAGUCCUCACACCAGUUAUCAAAAAUAGCAUUUGAGUUCACCUUGUAUGAGGAAACAUGCGCGUGGGCGUCACAAAGGCACAGUGAUGGUAGCCAUGGUGACGAGAUCACAUGACUGAAAAGAUGCAACGCUGUGUUCAAAUGCAUGCACAGAAUGGACCACGACGCUUCAAGUAGGAUCCUUUGGGUGGACUUUCACCCUGCAGCUCGGCACCUUCUACCCAGAUUGUCCGUCCUCCUUAGUCUCCGGGCCGGGCGCCGCCCUUGAUGGCGCCGCUCGCCGGAGUCUCGCCACACGUGUCCCUUCCCUCGCAAAAAGAAGCCAAAGUGGGAGCGAAAAAAAGAUGCUAGCGCUAUGACUGAAACCAGCCUGGUCCGUGAUGGCGCAGGAAUGCUUGCCGAGGGGGUGGGAUGGGUGGGGGUGGCGGGGGUUCUACACGCUCUGGAAGAGGUUUCACUUGGCCACCCUGUAGUUGCUCAGGUCCAGGGGUUCUCUGCUGGGGAUGCACCAGUCGUCUGCUUCCUGGCUGACUUUGUAGUUCCUUAGGGCCGUCUUGUUGUACACUGGCAGCCUCUCCACCGAGUCUGUCGACAGCGCCUGGGGGGGGGACCAUACACAUGGAACACCUGUCACGGAACCCUAAGUCCAACCCCUAACCUUAACACGGAAGUACGUCUGUCAUGUUACGCUAACCUUAACACAGAACUAAUAGCCCUUCGUUCAUCCCUAGCCCACAACCCUAACACAGAGUUAAUCCUAGCCCUAACUGUAACCCAAAACCCUAACCUGGAACUAAUGGCCCGUUUGCGGUCUUAUCGGGUGCGGAGCGUGUGUCUUGGUCCCACCUUCAAGUAGAUGACGGCGUCGGUGCCGUGGCCUUCCAUGGAGAAGAGCUGCAGGUCGCCCUGGAAGUACUUGGCGUAGAGACGCGAGAUGGGCAGCCCAUAACCGAAGCCGGCCUGCAGACCCAGACACAAAUGAUCAUGAAAACCUGCCCCCUGGUGACUGCGCAUGGCAUUGCAGCAGUCUGAUUGAUGGUCUUGCUUCUAAUCAUACUAUAAAGCAGAGGCGUAAAUCUAAGGGGGACACUUGUUGGGACAUGGCGCUGAAUAUAUUAAAAACAAAUACUACGACUAGACUAUUCUGCAUGCUGAACAGAACCACACCCUCUCAUUCACUCACCAGUGGAGGCCGAAUGUGUUCUCCAAUCUGCGGUGCCGGGGCGGUAGAGUACAUGUAGCUGAAGAGGUUCUCGAUCUUCCGGAAGGGAACCCCUCCUCCCUUGUCACUCACCUGGCGGGAAAAAAGAGUGGGAAUGUGAGAAAUCUUGUCAUCAUUUGCAUAAAUUAUUUUAUAUGUAGUUUUAAAAUCAUUAAUAAAAUCAUUAAUUUUUAAAAGGAGUAAAUUAGAUCAAUUUUAUUUAUUCAAUUAUGUAAUUUAAACAGCGCAACACCUGUAAAAAAAGAUUGGGAAAAGCGUGUUCCCCUUUCAUGGGACUGGUGACUGGAGCUUGUCAUUCCAACUGCGUACAGCAGAUGGCAGCAUAACGCUGCCGCUUAGCACAGCUCAUCAUUGCUGCAUAGAACCAGUCCAUCAUGUGGACAUUAUCUUUCAAAUAUAUUAUUGCUGUUGAUUUAUUUUACAUGUAUCUUUAACAUUUAUAUCUUAAUCAUUAU